AUGAAGGUCUCCAGAGCUGUUCUGACCUUGGUUCUCAUUACUGCAGUCCUCUGCUGUCAAGUCUAUGCAGCUGAUGCUCCUGACCAUCCAACAACAUGCUGUUUCAACUUCACCAGUAGGAAGAUCCCUUCAAAGCUGGUGGUGAGCUAUGAGACCACCAGCAGUCGAUGUGCCUAUGAAGCUGUGAUAAUGAUCACAAAACAAGGCCUUCGCAUCUGUGCUAACCCAAAGGAGCAUUGGGUUCAACAUAUUAAGAAUCAAUUGGACAAGAAGAAAGCCAAGACCCAGAGUCCAUGA